AUGUCCGAAACAGCAAAGACACCCAAGAAGAGCGGCAAUGCCUGGACGCCCGAGGAACACCUCAAUCUAGUCCUCACCGUCAUGCGAAGCGAGAAUCCAGAGCUCAGCGUGAGUGGCUGGGAAAAGAUUGCUCUCGAGAUGAAUCGCAUCUAUCCCGACAAGGGAAUGUCCUCUUUCAAGCAACAGUUCCAGAAACUCCGCAACGCCUACAUUGACCAACAUGGUGAUGCCACCCGCGAAGGCCAAGUCGAAGGCGAAAUGAACGGCAACCUGGGCAAGUCGAACUUGAAGAAACGCGCCGCUCCUGGACUUGGCGAUCAUGCAAGUAACGCAUCUACCGCCAACAAUCGCAACACUCGUGUUGGCAAGAAAGUCAAGUUCAAUGAUCCCGCCGACGAUCAGGAAGAGUAUGAGCGAUCCGAUACGACGACCGACAGCCGCAAGCCUGGAGAAACUAUGCCUAGUGCUCCCCCGAAGCAGGCCUGUAAGCCACGCGCCAAGAAAGUCAAGGUUGAACUUGAUGCCGAUGCAAAUGGCAAGGACGACGGCCAUUUAGUCGAUGGCCUGGAGAUUGAUGAGAUCUAG